AUGUCGAGAUUUUUACUAGCAGCAUUGAACGGCUACCAAAUCCACGCUGGUAAGAUUUCCAGUGGACUCCUGUCCAAGUUACAAAAUGUGGAAAAGAGCGACGCCAUAUUUGAACUUCCCUCCGUCUUUGGGAAAGUAAUGAGCAACCCGGCAUUAAGUUUUUUAAGCGGAUCUGCCAAAUCUGACAUGAUGGAAACAUUGAUGAAGCAAACUACAUCGGCAUCCCAGGCUCUGUUUAUCUUUAAAGAAUGUGAACCUCAGCGUGAACCUACAUCAGCGGUGAAAUCUCUUGGAGCACUUCCUGGGACGUUUACGCUGCGAGAACCAUACAUAGCGACAUUGGAUCCUUGGACUGAUGGAGAUAAGAAUGUUUUAAACCGUGAAUCGUGUCAAGUUAGGGGACAAUGGGGAGUCGAGAAAAUACAGGCCCCUGCAGCCUGGUCAAAAUCAAAAGGGGAGAACGUCGUUGUCGGAAUAAUCGAUACUGGGGUAUACCAGGUACACGAAGCAGUGCGCGGAGGUUAUGCAGGCAAAUGGUUGGACGCCACAGUUGAUAAAUCGCCAUAUCCUGUCGAUCCUAACGGCCAUGGAACGCACGCACUUGGAACCAUAGUAGGACGCCCAAACCGCAUCGGGGUCGCCCCAGCUGCUAAAUGGAUAGCCUGCAGAGCAAUGGGUCCGGGCGGUGGAGCCCCAGAAAGUUGGGUGAAAACCUGUGGUCAAUGGAUUUUCCAGCAGAGACCUAGCGUUGUCAGCAACAGUUGGAAUUUUUACGUUACAGGAACAUUUUUCGACGAUGUUAUUAAAAGCUGGACCGCUGCAGGGAUCAUUGCUGUUUUUUCCAGUGGAAACAGUGGAGAUGGUUGCCGCACUGCGGGAUAG